AUGCUUCGCUCUCAGGUGCAGGUUCUUCUGCUGGCUUUGUUGCCGUCUGUGCUGCUGAUGCAGGUCAGUGGUGCUCCAUCCAGAGACAUGCUGACAGAAACACUGAGAUCAGACCUCACAAAGGAUAAGGAUCUUGCUCAUUUGUUCUUGCUGAAGUUUUUGACUGAACUGAUGGCAGUGAGAAGAGACGAGAUGCUCCCCCAGCUAGAGGAGGAGCUGGGGGUCAGGGAGGAGGUGGUGCGGCGACACCUUCCCCUCUCCCAAAGAGAGCGCAAAGCAGGAUGCCGCAACUUCUUCUGGAAGACGUUCACCUCAUGUUAA